CUCACUUGACAUCUGCGUACAUAUGUACGUUACCCACAGUGUCUGUCGUUGAGUACACGUACACGCGCACAUAGACGUACGGUCCUCCCCACCCAUCCAUCCAGUUGUGCGAGAAGGUCUGUCUGUACAUGCAUCGCAUCGCAUCCCUCCAACGGUAAGCUAUGCGCAGGCACACAUCUAGCUACACAUACCUCCCUCCGCUCAUCGGUCGCUAUCGCCAGCCAAAGUCAUAUCUGCGACAGCGGCUCUCACGAGCCCCUGACUGACUAUGUAAGUAUUCACAGAUAGACAUGUCGAGUGGCCGUGGUGGCCUGCCUACAUCGCGGGCACAGCCGCUGGUCUACUGGUUUAGACAUCAAGGCGGCAGCGCACGCACCACACAGACAGAAGUGACGCUGUAAGCACACACACAAUGGGCAGAGCAUAGUGGCUGAGAGGGACGUUGAGUGGUUGUGCAUGUUGGCCUACACAGGGGAUGAGUACGAUGGACUUCUUCUCGGCCAUGCAGACGUCGCACUCGGUGCUCUCGCGCUCCUCCUGCAGCCUGCAACCAACCCACCAACCACGCACACCAGUGAGCAGCGGACGGUCAACGAGAGCUCAGUCCGACGACUGACUCUCGUGUUACUUACCUCUCAUUCUCGCGCUUGAUGGCCUCAUUCUGCUUGAGUAUGGCCUCCUUCUCCAGCCGCAUGGCCUCGAGCUGCUGGCGUAGCGCAUCCAGCUCACUGACCUCACCAUCACACCUGGAGGCAGACGACCACACACGCAAUUGACAGAAGGACAGGUGUCUGCUUCCUCGGCUGCUCUGUCCAUCGAUACGUACGUACCUGCCGUGACCACCGCGGCCCUCCACCUCCACCGCCCUCUCCAAAGUGCUACUGCUACUGCCCCCGGCUGCCGAUGGGGCGAGGCCCUGCUCGUCAGAGCCACCACGGCUGCUGGAUGGUGCUGGUGUGGGUGUGGGUGUAUAUGUGUGUCUGUUGGGAGGCUGUGGGGGCGGGGCGGCCGGGCGGGGCGGCAGAGGGAAUGGCAGGGCUGGCGCGUUGUGGGGGCCGCCAGACACAGACGACUGCGAUGAGGAGGGCCGCGUCGACUCGGACGAAGACGGGAAGACUCUCGAGCUGAACACACAGACACACCGGAGUUGUCCCUGCUCAGUGUGGUGGAGUGCUUUGGUCGGCCUUACUUCUCGACUGGUUUGUCAGCUAUGUUGGUCUGCUGCUGCUGUGCAUUGCCGCCAGUGCCUUUGCCGCCCCUCUUUUUGCGGCCGACGGUGAUGAAGCCGCCGCCAUCAUCGCCCUCGUGUGGCCCUUCCUGCUGCCCACUGCCGCCAGCAGCAGCGCUCGAGGUGGCCGAGGGGCCGGCAGAUGAUGCACUGGCGACCCCAGUGCUCACAACGGGGAAUGACGGCGGCUGGAUCACGGCCGGUGGCGGCAGAAUGGGCACACCGAGACCGCGACCCACUCCAAGAGACAUGACCACGCCACCAGAACUAUCACCAGUCCCUCGCUGCUGCCGCCCACUGCCGUCAACGACCGACACAGAGGGCCCGCUAGCAGCCGAUGCAGCCGAUGGUGAGUAUGAUGAGCAUGAGUGUCGGGGAGGGGAGGGGGGCGACGGGCCGGGGGAACGCUCUGCUGUGUCCUCACGCUCUUCAGGGUCUACGUCUAUGUCACCGCAAUCAGCACUGCAUGUCGGCAACACACACACACACACACACACAUGUGCACGUCGUCACCUUUCUACUCAUCUGCUGACUGACCUGGACGGUGCCGCCUCGUGUGUGCCGAUGGCUCCUUUGUUCCUUUUGUUGUCCUUCGAUUUCUUCUUUCCCCUCUUUGUGCUACUGCCGGCAUUGGCGGGCUGGUCAUCGGCCAGGUCGGCGAUGAGCUUCUCGGCCCGCUCGUUGGCCGCAGUCUCUAUCUCGUCAAACAGAUCCAACAGCUGACACACAACACACACAGAAGUGGACACGGUGGGUAUGCCUGCGGCCCUUCUGCGUGUCUUAUCACCUCCUGUGGCACAGCUAGCUGCUGCUGCUGGUGUCCCUUGCGUCUCGCCGGCUGUCCCCCGGCCGCCCGCAUCGUCUUCAGGUCCUCGUGCUGCAGGAUGGCUCGCGUGACGCUGUUCGACCGGAGAGCGCCCCUCCUGCUGCUCACGCGACUGCCGUAGCUGCAUGCAGGAACACACAAAGAUGCACACGCUGUCGUGCGAGUCACAGGCAGGCAGGCAGGCAGGCAUGUUGGCAGGAUGUACCUAACAAGAGUCCGCAGAGUAUCGACGGCGAAGUCUACGAAGGUAUUGACCACCUUCGGGCGGUCGGCGUAGCCCUUGAUGCACCUCAAGGCCACUUGACAGACGAGUGCAGGGGCACCAUCGCGCACUGCUAUCUGCAUGCACCAGAUGGAUGACCCACAAAGUAUGUAGCGCAUCCAUCCAUCCAUCCAUCCAUCUGUCUGGUCUUUUCACCGCCCACCAACCGACCCACAUACCUUUGCGCGCUCAUCAGUGAGGUCUGUGGGGUCCCCGAGUACGUGCAUGAGCACAAAAUCCUCCCUCGAGUUGUCGCUGCUGUCCUCGAGCACUCCCGCGAGAGUGGAGGUGCAGCCUCCGGCAUACACGGCAUCACGGUGGCCACACGCUGCACGCACACAUUGAUGGAUGCAACACACACAUAGAGCAGCGGCCGAUACAUACGUACUUCGCACGCAGUGCAAACAUCUGCCCUGACUGACUCACCAGCGAGGAGAAGUGGGACACUCUUGUGAACAAUUUCGUCGUGACUGACAGGAUUCUUCACAGUGGCGGUCCACUUCCGUAGCACUGCGGGCACUCUCAUGAGACGCUGGACGGGCCCGUCAUCAGAGGCAAAGCACUCCCAACCUGCACACAUAACAUACACACACGUCCACCCAACCCACCCACCCACCCACCCACCCACAUACCAUACACCCACCCACAGAGGGGUUUCUUUCACCUGCCGCGUGCGAGAAUGCGAUGCAGCAACCAAAGAUCCACUCCAGGCACAUGGCGGCUCCCUCGCGCAGCCCUGCGUCUCCAUCAGAGCAGGCCACCACCUCGGCCAGUGGGUCGACGAGGCCGUAGAUGUUCUGCUGCAGCACCUCCAGAAAGGCAACACAGUCGGCAUGCGAACCUGAACACACACAUACAUACAUACACACCUGUGCUGUGCUGUGCAUGUAAGUGGUGCCUUACUGAACGUGCUGGCCGCGCAGCGCAAGUCUUCCCCAACAAGCCACAGGAUCCUCCGCGCCACCUCACCCCUGAAGCAACCAACCAAGCAAGGUUGUUACGUGCUUGCCUGUUUGUCGACUGCACUUUUUACCAUUUGUCCCGAAUUUCCGGUUUCGUAUGGGUCAUGACGCGCAGACCGACCGAGGACAGCCGCACCCAGAGAAAGUCUGGCAGAGUCAGUCUUGUUGGGAACGGCGGGCCGUCUCCCGGCAGCUUGCCAAACGCCGAUAUCAAAAAGACCAGCGCCGCCUUUGGGGGCCCGGGGCUGGUAGUCUGCUCUGGGAUCGUCUCAGCCCACUCCACGGCCCUGUGAAGGAUGUCUGGAUGAUGUUGCACCAGGAAAAGCUGGGAGUCGGUCGCGUUGCGCGCUUGCCGUCCCCUGACCAUGACCACUCGCAGCAGCGCGAAAGCGACGGCGCCGACGAGGUCAUCGGCGGUGUCUACCAACAACGUGUCAAGCGACGCGAUCAAAGACUGCAGCGACUCCGAGAGGGACGAGACAGCCCCUACAAGGAGGGGCUCCAGAUGAGGAUGGCACAGCAGGUGGAGCACCCGUGCCGCCCAGUCCUGGCGUGUCUUGUGGCCCACGUCGGUGAAGGCACUCGACACCCGCCGCAGCAAACCCUUGUUUUUGCACAGCCUUUGGGCCGUCUGCUGUACCCAACGCGGCACCUCCCCAUCGGCACCCGCGCUUUUGACCGCGUCGGCGAGACUGACGAGUGUCCCGAGGCUGGUGUCGAGUGCAUCCUCCGACAGCUGGUCCGGCGAUGAUAAGGCGGCUAUGGCACCGUUGACGUCGGGGCGCCGAGAAGACGGCCGGCGGUCGUCAGUCAUCACUGCUCGCAGGACUCACGCCGUCGCGUCGCAGCCCACUCCAAGAUCAUCACGAGCAUCUGCGACGAGCAGCACGGCGCACACAGUUUCCCACAGAUCGUGCUGAUGCCUCGUUUCCUUCCCUGUCGGCGCCUCACCUCUUGACUGCCCUUUUGUGCGAUAGCGCGCUCUAGCAGCGACACAUGCAGCCGACCCAUGGCCUGCAGCCGACGGCAGAUGGAUGUUUGGAUGGAUGAACCCGUGGAGCGGCACAGCCAGCGGCAUAGAGGGAGUCCCUUCUCCUUUUCUAUCCUCUUAUAUCUUUAUGCUACCUUCCACCGUCUGUGAUGUGUUUG